AUGCCAAACACCUCAGAUAUUGCGACAAGGGCUAGUCAGCGGAUCCUUGGAAACCGGCGUGAAAAUGCUACCGACGAUCAACAGCCGAGCCCUGUCUCCUCUUUAUCUUCUACUGUUAAUACCAGCGAUGACAUCGAGGGAGCUUUGGAAAGCCAACUUCACACAGAGAACCCGACCCUGGGCGAAGAGGGUCAAUACCAUGAAGCAGACCAGCAGCCCGGCAAGAUCGAUCAGCACCCCAAAGAGAACCUGUACCCUGGCGAUGCGAACAAGCCUCACGGGGAGGACGGGGGCCUUGAAGAGGACGAGGACAUUGGUCACGAAAAGCAAGCCCAAUCGAGUGCUUUUGAUCGUAUCUUUAAUCGGAUCCAAACCAGCUCGGUUCGGGAAACGCCUCCUUCCAUCGAGGGAUACGAGUACAAAGAUAAAAUCUCCGAUCAACUUCCAGCAUACUCUUCGCAGCCCCCUGCCGGAGUCAUUGUCGUACGGGAUUUCCAGGUGGACGCCUGCCCACUGACACAUGAGAGCCAUGACGUACCGACUCCGCCCCAGCCCUACAUUACGUCCACCUUGGAACAAGAACUGUUGAGGGCAAACGGGUCUGGCAUGGACGAUCUGUCCGACAGCUCGUCAGGCGCUGCUUCUGAUACUGGAGCCGGCAGUAGGGACAGCAGCUCUGGCGACGAGCCGUUACCUAACGAGGGGCGGGCCGAUGAGACCCGGGCACCACCCCAGAAAACAUCAGACAAGAUGUUUAAGGAGCAGGAAGGCCUUAAGAAACCUGGGACUUAUUCUCCGAUAAGUUCGCUUAGUACCUUGGUCAACAGCUCAGUAGGAGGCCAGGAUAUUGUCGAAGACAAAGCAAAGACCGGCCAAAAGUCGACACCAUCGCUCAAUUUCUCAGACAAUUCCGACUCGAUUUUGUCUCGGAGCAUCCUUGAUAUCAAGGGGAAAGAUAUACCCGCCAUAGAUAAAAAGGGGUCAACGCUCCCAUUCUCUCCAACACCACGCCCCCAAGACCCUCAAAGGAGCCCACCCCCCAUCUUCCUUCCCAAGAAUGGCGUAAGCGAUGUCAACUUCGCUCCGUUCCUCAAGGGGAGCCUCCCGAAGCCGGGCGAGUCCAAAACGGACGUCAUCGUCCGGGACCAGAUCCGGCGGUGCGAGGCGAUCCGCGAACGACCCCUCACCGACGCGGAAAAGGAGGUCAUCCGUUCCUUCUACCAAGACAUGGAGCGGCCACGUGCGUUCGACGAAGUUAGCGAGCCGACGUUUAUCCACUCCCCAGCAUCUCUGGCGGAAGUCGAGAAGGCCAUGGCAGCCGAUGCCCUCUCGGGCGCUAGCGACGGUGGCCGCGGCCUCGACACCGAGGCCGCAAUCGAGGACCUCAGGGAGGAGUCUAACAGAACGCUCGAUAUGAUCGACGCUCUCUUGACUCGGCUGGAGAAGGUCGAGAGGCGAGGCGCUUCUGACAAGAGGCAGCUGCUCACCACGAUAGACAUGAGGACGGGCAACUUAUCCCGCAAGAUCGGCGAAAUUGAGAUUCGUCAGGAGGGGAUCGAAAAGCAACUCAAGUCCAGCCAAAGGCAAAUCAACGCGGCCCGCGCGGAUAUCGCGCAGUUCCAGGUGGAGAUGCAGGCCGCCGACGAAAAGCUCAAGGGACUCGAGAAGAAGAUGCAGACUGUGGCGAACGAGCCUGGCAACAAGAGCAAGAACGGGCUCGACACCAAGAGCAAGGCCCGCACCACCACCCUCGCCGGAAGAGACGACCCCGACCUGCAAGCGGCAGGGAGCUCGCAAACGCCGGCCCGAUGGCUCCAGCAGGCGGGUGGGUUCAACCUCAGCUUCGUGGUGUUGGCUAUGAUGGUGCUGGUGUGGCUUGUGACGGAGGCAAUGUUGCACAGUAAGCGGCUGGCGGACGGCUACGGGCCGUUCAUCAACGGGGGGUUCAACGGGCUAGGGAGUGUGGUCAUCUUUGGCACUUGGACCAAGUUCGUUCUCUUUUACGCCGUGGCCCUGUAUCUCGGUGUUUUCUCGGUCAUGACGGCGCUGGGCCGGUGA